ACAGAAGCACACAGAUAAAUCAACGUUCAUUUAAUUACGUUACGGCGAAUUCAAAUAAAGAUCCCAGAAGGGGAAGGACUUUACCUUCCUUCAAUCUAUAUAUAUACCCCCACAACACCAUUUCUCAUCCGUACGCAAUCUCAAAAGUUAAAGCCGUUCAACUCCAGACGAGCCUCUUUCCUUCCUCAACAACUCGAUCUAAGUUUCUUCGAGAUUUGUGGUUACAGAUGGCUCGUACUAAGCAGACCGCGCGUAAAUCAACUGGAGGCAAGGCUCCAAGGAAGCAACUCGCCACUAAGGCUGCACGAAAAUCCGCCCCUACCACAGGAGGCGUGAAGAAGCCUCACAGAUACAGACCUGGAACAGUCGCACUCAGAGAAAUCCGCAAGUACCAGAAGAGUACAGAGCUGCUCAUCAGGAAGCUUCCAUUCCAGAGGCUGGUUCGUGAAAUUGCCCAGGAUUUCAAGACUGAUUUGCGUUUCCAGAGCCAUGCUGUGUUGGCUCUGCAGGAAGCCGCAGAGGCAUACCUUGUGGGUCUCUUUGAGGAUACCAACCUGUGCGCCAUUCAUGCAAAGCGUGUGACCAUUAUGCCCAAGGACAUUCAGCUUGCCAGGAGGAUCAGAGGGGAGAGGGCUUAAUAAUAGCAAUAAUGGAUGCUCUCUUAUUGUAAUGUUUGGGCUUAAAACUCUGUUUAGCUGCUUAGUGUUAUUGUUUGUUCGUGUCUUUAGGAUCGACUAUACAUUUCUCGUUUCAUGUUGAUGUUUUGAUUUUAGGAUAGACUUAUCCUAUGGAUGAUGGAUUUGCUUCGUUUGAUAUAUAUACCUAUUAACAAGUGUAUUUCCCUUGUGCUCUUUGAUGUUUUCUCGUUUUGUUUCAUCCCAACUGGAUGAAUUCGAAAGUUCAAACUGUGUCUGACAUUUGGUACGGAG